GGCCGUUUGGGGCCACUGGGGGCUCCCUGUGCCCCCCGCUCCUCCCAGGGCGCACACGCCGUCUCGUCCUAGGCGGCGGCGGGAGAGUAACGAAGCCAUUAAGCGAAGGGUUUGGAGGGCUCGGCAAUGAAGAGCUCAUCCUGCAGGAGCAGCACCAUGGGUAGAGUUAAAGUGAAUGUGUUGCCUCAAGCAAUCCUGCAAAGCCCAGGGGAGCAUCCCAGGUUCAUAAAGCAGACUCUUGGCCCCUCAUUAGACUCUGCAAGGAUUCAUUUGAUCAAAGACAAAGACGGCAUAGAUGAUUAUUUGGCGAAGAAUAUCAAAGGACUGUCAAAACAAGAAGCUGCUGCUAACAGGAAUUCAUACAAGAAGAACAUCUGCAUAGACAUGCUGCGACAGGGUUAUCACAAGUCCUUCUCCGAGCUCUUCGCUCUGAUAGAGAAGUGGAAUGCCUUGAGGGAGGCUGCAGGGCCUGGGUCAGCCAUAUGGCAGCAGAAGUCCCUGGAGGAGCAGCCUGAUAAGCUGGAUCAGCUUUACCACUUCCUGACCAGGGCUGAGGCAGCCCAGCGAGCAGGGCACUAUGAGGAGGUGUAUGAUAACCAGCUUAACUUGGCCUACUAUUUCAAUGACCCUGAGGACAAGUGGUUAAGUAAUUACUUUCAUGAGGAAUGCUUUAACACUGCUAAACUAAUAACAACUGAUAUCAGGAAAAGAGAGGCACAAGCACAUGCAAAUAUGGGCCUCAUCAAAGAGGAACAAGGUCAUGCCUUGAAAGCUGCUGAGUAUUAUGAAACAUUUUAUCAUCUAACGGUUGGUUCAACAUGGAAGGAUGUGACAGGCCGUACUUACAAUUCACUGGCAUCUGAGUAUCUCUGGAGAAUUUAUACAUUACUAGCAGACAAAAUGCUAGAAAAUAAUGAACACCAACAGGCCAUCAAAACAUUAAAAAAAGCUUUAAAAAUGGCAAAAAAUGUAGGUGAAAUGAAGAUCCAAGGAGAAGCUACAUAUUGCCUGAGUUUAGCGUAUUAUUUUGCAGGAGAAAACCAGACAGCAUUAUCAACUUUGGACACCUCUGUAAAAAUCUUCACACCACUUUGUGAUUCUGCUGGCCUAAGCAGAGCAUAUGCAGCUAUAGCCAAGAUCCUGGUAAGUCAGGGAAAAGCAGCUGAAACUACAAAGCACUUGGAAGAGUUCAUGAAGGCUGCUGAGAAUGCUCAUCUAAGACAAAGCCUGGUGGAUGCAUGUGUAUUACUUGGGAAUAUUUACAAUGAAAGAGGGAGCUAUAAUGAAGCUUGUGAAUAUUUCAGUCAGGCUUAUGAAACAGCAAAAACUUUAAAUAAUUUGCCCUUAGUGGAUGAAACAAAAGCUUACUAUGGCAUUGCAAAGGCUCAUAAACUGAUGGUGCCAUUUAAUAGCCAUAUAGUAGCAGAAGAUGUCAUCAGCCUCAAGUAUCUGCUGGCAUGGAAAGAGAACAGAAGUGACAUGUGCACUGACCCUCUUACAGUUGGUACCUCAAAUGCAUGCUAAGGAAAAUUGUUAUGCCAUGGCACUGUACCCAAAAUGCUCGACUGUACUUGAGCAAAUCAAAGCCAGUCUUCAUCAGGAACAUGCAUUGUAAAUUAUAUUUUGAUUUGCCCAGUAAAUUUGCCUUGGUGGUAGCAGAGUUUGUGAUCUGAGAAUAUUUAAAAGGGAAGGCAUGGUGUACUGAUCAGAACUAUAAAACCAGCAAGUAUUUGUACCUUACACAGAUAAACAUCCAUAAAAUAGUUUUUAUGUGAUAUCAGUGGAAAGGUAGUGGCUUGGGUUAACAGGUUCCUUUCACUCCAUAUUUCAUAUUUAAAGCUCUAUCACAGAUUUUGGCCUAUCGUGAUACUGACGUAGGACUAUCAGAAUUGUGCACAUACAUGCACUCCCUCAAAACCACUGUCUGUGUCUCUUAUAUUUAUUACUUUAAAAGGUCUAUUCUUCAGUUAGCAUGUACAGAAGGGAA